CUCCAUUUUGGGGGCCGCACCCACGCGCUCCUUUUCUCGCAAAGUUGCCACGAGGGUACAUGGACGGAUCUGCCGCUACUGUAUGUAUGUAUGUGUGGCCUACGCAUUACAGAUUUCACAGGGAUUGCCCACGCCUUGUACAUAUGCCAGAACGUCGGGAACGUGUGGGGCUUUUCUUUUUCUUUUCCCCUAUCGAGUUUAUUGUAUUGUACACUAUUGCAUCGCAUCGCAUCGCAUCCUAAUGCCACCAACGUCGCUACCCCUUACUUCUUACGUCCUGCACCUACGCAUCCGCAUCCUUCACAGUCUAUCUUUUCGAAUCAGGAACGAUUUAUCAAGCAAAAAAAGCUAUUUUUAUAUAUAUUACUGCUUUUGUUUUCAUAUUAAUGUUCUCGCCUUCACAAGUCAAGGAAUAUGCAACAGCAAGUAGUUCGGUACAAGUAUACAGAAAAGCCAAUGGGGGCUAUAAAAAAACAACACGACGCAGAGUCCAUUUGCCUAUGCCCUUUUCGCCGUAUCUCCUGGCCUGGGCGGCCUAUCUAUGCAGUACAUACGUGGGUAGUGUACACACUCGUCAUUAGAGGGUGGAAAAAAAAAACAAAAAGGGGGAGGAAAAGACCAAAAACAAAGGAGA